GUGUGUAAUUGUAAGUUUUCGUAACACUGUUUUUAAUUAGUAGACGCAAUGAGGUGCUCUUUUAGAAACAUAUCUAAAAAACAAUAGUAUGGAAGGGAUUCUAGAUAAAUAUAUACUGGCACAAUAACAUUUCCAGGCAUCAGUUUUGUGUUGAUUUUCAAACCUACAAAAAAAUUGAGUUAUUCUUAAAAUGUCUGUCAAGCUCAUUACAUUAGCUACAAUUUUCGUCAUAGUUACUCAAAUUACAGCGUCGUACAAAUUGGAUUACAAUAAUGUAAAUGAUUACCACGAAGAACAUGCUCAAACCCCUUAUCAUUUUUCAUAUGGUGUGAAGGAUCCUCACACUAAUGAUAUAAAAAGUCAACAUGAAACCAGCGAUGGACACGGAAAUGUCAAAGGAUCGUACAGCCUACUCGAUGCAGAUGGUUCCACUAGAAUAGUUGAAUACACAGCUGACCCUAUCAAUGGAUUCCAAGCUAAAGUAAAGAAAAUCGGUCCUUCUUAUCACCACGACGAAGAAUCUUACCAACAUGAACCUAUAUAUGCAUUUAAAGCAAAAUCACCCUAUAAGCCCUUUUAAUAAGUAUUCUGAAGAAAAGUGACUGCCUAAAGUUGAUUAAUUUUUGUAAUAUUUCUUUAUUUGUUUUAUGAAUACAAUAUUAACCGUUAAAGUUUAUUUUUAUAAUAAUUAAAUAUAUAUAUUUUUUAA